AUGCUGAGCCCUUGGCUAUUGCUCACCUUGACUUUGACCCUGAUGGUUGUCCAUGGCGGCCGUGCCCAGCCCGACGUGACCCAGCAGGAGGCUGCCACCGUGACUGAGCGCUCAGGCCUGGACGACCUCCUGCGCCAGGCCGAGCGCCUCCUCCGGGAAGACCUCCAGGGACUGAGAACAGAUCAAGGCGAGCGCGACGCAGAGCCCCAGACACUUCAACUUGACUGGCUUUCCAAGCGUCAGCAUCCAGGUAAAAGGGAUGAAGAAGCAGAAGAGAGAGCUGAAGAGGAGGAGGAGAAAGAAGGGGAGACCCAAAAACGGCAGCACCCUGGUCGGCGUUCCUCCUGGCUUGGGUACACUGUCACCAAGAGGCAACACCCGGGUAGACGGCUGGUGGAUCCCAAGGCUCCAAGGAGCUGGGAGGAUGAGGGGGAGCUGAUGCUGCCUGAAAAACGUCAGCAUCCAGGCAGGAGGGCCUUGGGAGGCCCUUGUGGGGUGGGAGUAGCCUGUGACCAAGCAGCCAUCCUGUUUGGGAUUCUGAGUGACCUGAGCAGGAGCCAGCGAGCUGAGAAGAAGAGGCAACACCCUGGGCGGCGGGCAACUGGGGGCAGGGAGCCCCUAGAGGAGUAA